UGCGCACGGCGUUUGUAUAUUUUGCGUAAUUUGACAGUUAAAGUAUCGACAGUGCCAGUGUUUGGUGUACAUAAUUUCGUGUUGCAUUAUGUCUAUUAUGCCAUUGUGGCCUAAUUUACAACCCAGAACCACAGAUCCUUUGUGGUUUAAUGCUGACAGGCCAUGCGACGACGAAAGCGAAGUGGCUGCUCUUGAAGCAGAACAUCAAGCAUGGAGAGAGCACGUUCGAGUACAAGGUUAUGACCACAUUCCGAUUGGAAAAACAGUCAGUGAUUUCAGAGGAUCCGAGGAAGAAGAGGAGGAGGAGGAGGAAGAAGAAGGCGAAGGAGAAGAAGAAGAGGAAUCAGAUACCCAUGAAGAAGAGGAAGAAGAAUUAGACGAAAUUGAUAUGGAAGUGAGCUAUUCGCAUCAACAACAAAGAUCCAGUCCAACAGAUACAGUAACAGAUCCAGUGUCCAUUAGAAUGCUGUUUCAGCAAUCCUCCAGUAAAUAAGCGUCAUUAUUAUGAAUAGUCAGCGUUUCGGAAUCACCACGUGUUAGGUCAAGAACCCUUCUGACAAGCCGAGCAAUGCAAACUGCGCGUCAUCGGAAAAUUAUGUACAGUGGAAACGAAAAAAAAGAGAAAAAAGGAUGGAGAGGAUAAAAUGUUUGUUCCACGCGCUCUCAAUUCAUCGGAUGGAAUCGACGAAACUAUUCAAACUGGCAAGAAGCGUUCAAAUUUUGCCCCAACUGACGGUAACGUCUAUAUCGGGGUAUAAAAUUUCUUUGAAAGUACAUGUGGCUCGUCCAAAGCGAUCGAACCACAAGGGCUUGCCUGCCCCGUGUCCCUUUCUCUCGCAACGUUUUCCAUCUUUCUCUUUGGAGAACGGGGCAAGUCGGUACCCCGCCUCGCUCGUAAAGGGCCAUGGAACCACAUCAUGCUCGACCGGGACACUCUCUGUACACUCCGUAUACCUACCUAUACUAGGUGUAAGUACACGCGAGAAUGUAUUAUAUACCUAUAUACAGCGCCGGCUCUCUCGGCGUGUAACUGAAGUAAAGCCAGGUUGGUGCCCCCGCUAGGGUGAACGAACGGGUACGCUCAGGCAAAAGCGAACCCGUGUGCCUCCUCCACCUCCUCUUUCUCUUUCUCCAUCACCACCACCACCACCACCACCUCCUCUAGCAACGACCUCCAUCUCCUCCACGGUUGAAGAUCUUCGCCUCUGAUGUCACUAUGGAAUUGCAAAUUGUUUUGUCGAAUAUACUUUGGCCCGUUGGGUAACGAUCGGGCUACCGGCGGCCACAGUGAGUUUUUAAUCGAACGAAAACGGUUCAAGACUUGCCCACUGGAGCAAAUCGUUUUCUUCUUGCCGUUGUCCACCGCUCGCCAAGAUCGUGGAAUAUUUAAUCACGGCACUACGUUAAGAAGCGAGUAGCAAAGAUUUGUAAUUUUAUUCGAGCAAUUGAAUCGCUUCAAGGUUAAUUUAACUGCACCACAUCACGGGCAACCGAGCGAACGUUUCCAUCUCGUGUUUGGUAUUGCGCGCAUAAAUCUCGGGAUUUAUGAAUCGCGAGUUUCGUAGAUGGUAAUACCCUCCGGAUUUAUGAAUUAAUACCGGUCAUAUUAGACGCAUAAAUCAUAACAUUCAAGGUAGAUGGUAUCGUCUACAAGGAUUAUCCAACUGGCUUCGUGAUUCUACUACUACGCCAUUGCUAUAUAGCCGUGAUCGAUCUUUACCGUUUUUCCACGGGUACGAGAAGGAAGAAACAUCCCUCGUUCGUUUGUUGUCGAACAAACGCGUAGAAAAUUUAAGUGCUUAUACCGAGAAUCGAUCGACGAAACAUUGCAAUUCGUUCGUAAAAUUUGUAACCGCAAUCUUGUUGAUAAAAAUCGAUGCAGAAAAUAAAAUCUAAUCUAGAUGUCUGCGACGUUUCCGUAUUGAUCGAUAGGGCGGGUCGCUUAUCGGUUCUUAAUUUACGCGUAAGCCGAACGGUAUCUGUGAACGAAAACGCAAGCAAUUUCGACACGCACGAUCUAUUUCGCGUCGCUCUAACAUCGACUUGACCUACUGGCCCAGAUGUAGCUCAUAGAAAACUUCCAUUUGACCUUGAAGCGAUAUCAGUGUCCACCCUUUCUUGAGAUCGCUUCGUAAGAGGCCGGACUGACGCUACUCCGUGCUAUGGCCGCUGCCUGCGAAGCAAAGCGUCGCGAAGCUAAUCGAGUCGCGCGAGUUCGACGCGAAUUAUACGCAAUAAAACGUUCUAUACCGUUGCAACAGUUGUUAAUGCUCGGCUAGUGAUUUAGCGAGGUUGAUCGCGCGCGUCAACCGAUUUCACCGGGUAGAAUGCAGAACACCGCCGCCGUAGGGGGUACACCUGAACGGCUAAUGUUGAGUUAAGCACCCUAACCUGCCUCAAAAGACAUUACACGACGUAACAGAUAAUAAAUCUACCGCGUUUCGCUGCAUCGUGAUACAGCUCGAAGAAAAUGAGAGUGUCGAGAAGGAAGAUGGACGAGAAGCUUCUCUUUCGAACGAUUACGAACGGUCUAGGGACUCGCAGGAUCUUCCAUUGCGGCGAAGACUGUGCCAGCCCAAAGAGCGGGAGAAAUGAAGUUGGCCGCCGAAUAGGAAACGAUCAAUCGAAAACAUCUAUGCGAGGCUUGAUGCGUGACGUAAUACGCGCAUGUCGCGAAAGAAAGCAGGGAAAGUAUUCAAAUGAAGCGCAAACAGUGAGGGAGAGAAGCAGCAGGCACGAUCGUUCGUGAAAAAAAAAAAUGAUCGACU